AGGUGGGAGUGGCGCAUGCGCAGUGCUGCGCCCGCCCUGACUGAGGGGAGCGUCGCGGUGCCCGUUCUGUGUCGUACAGAAGCAGAGCCACGUUGGUUCCCUGCAGGGCAGUGCAAGCAGCUGUUUGUGUCCGAACCUAUGGGGGGACUUCUGCAGAGCUCCAGCCUUGGGUGUGCUCUUGGGGUCACCAUUUACACGUGCCGACCCCUUGUCUUUGUCUGACUCCCAGGUUAAGUUGGGAAGAGGAGGGCCGUGGUUUUCUUAGUGGAGAUCUCCUCAGUGCUGAGUUUUUCUGAUCCCGUUCAGUUGAGGCAUUUCUGUGGGCUGUGUGUCUGUAACGCCUUUCAUGUCAUUCCCUUGGCAGUGGCCGUGCGGGGAAUGGAGGGGCUGUGGGGUAAGGGGGAGGAAUUGAGGGGAAUUGAGGGCUGUGCAGAGGGGAAUUGAGGGCAAGGGGGCCAGCAGGGGGGCUGUUUUUAGAGUAAAGAGAUUAAUGGAGGCUCUGGAGGUCUUUCUCCGUCCUAAAGGAUUGUCUCAUCCCUUUCAUAUCAGGAGAGAACAGCAGAAGACACCUUUGACUUCCUGCCCAUCAGGUCAUAUAACUUCUUUCUCUGCAGAUACUUCUUUUUUUUUUAAGUUAGAAGAAGUCCAAACAGAUCACAGCCUCCCAGAAUGGCAGACCAGAAGCGCCUUGCAUACUCCAUCAUCCAGUUCUUACAUGACCAGCUACAGAACGGGGGUCUUUCUCCAGAUGCUCAGGAGAGUUUAGAAGUGGCGAUCCAGUGCCUGGAGACAGCUUUUGGAGUCUCCCUGGAAGACCAAGGCCUCGCAGUGUCGCGGACUCUCCCUGAAAUAUUUGAAGCUGCUGCAGGAAAGGAGCCUGAACACAUCAGAGCAAACUCGGAGCCAGUCACCCCCUCUGAAGAUGACAUAGCUGAAGCUGAAAGGCUCAAGACUGAAGGAAAUGAACAAAUGAAGGCAGAGAACUUUGAAGCUGCUGUGUCUUUCUACGGAAAAGCAAUUGAGUUAAAUCCAUCCAAUGCUGUGUAUUUUUGCAACAGAGCUGCUGCAUACAGUAAAUUAGGAAAUUAUGCUGGAGCAGUCAGAGACUGUGAAAGAGCAAUAGGCAUUGAUCCAAACUACAGCAAAGCUUACGGCAGAAUGGGCUUGGCCCUCUCCAGUUUAAAUAAACACACAGAAGCUGUUGUCUACUACAAAAAAGCCCUGGAGCUUGAUCCAGACAACGACACGUACAAAUCCAACCUUAAAAUAGCCGAACAGAAAAUGAAGGAGACUCCUAGUCCGACCGGAGGUCCUGGAGGAUUCGAUUUAGCUGGCUUGCUGAACAACCCUGGCUUCAUGAGUAUGGCAUCUAACCUAAUGAACAAUCCACAAGUACAACAGCUCAUGUCUGGGAUGAUUUCUGGUGGCCAUAACCCCAUGGGAGCAGCAGGCACCAGCCCCUCCACGAAUGAUCUUGCCAGCCUCAUACAAGCGGGCCAGCAGUUUGCGCAGCAGAUGCAGCAGCAGAAUCCUGAACUAAUAGAGCAGCUACGAAGCCAGAUCAGGAGUCGAACUCCAAGUGCCAGCAAUGAAGAUCAGCAGGAAUGAACUUUACAGCACAGUCCAUGGGAACUAUGUUCUUUGCUUUAAAAACUGGAAGCCAUGUGCGUGUUGCCAUUUCUUGAAUUGGAAGUGUCCAAGAGGGGGAAACAAAAAAAAAAAAAAAGAGGAAAAAAACAAACAAACACAGAAUCCUUUGUAUGACCUGCAUGUUAAAGACAGCUUCACACUUUCUUUCCCCAGUCUUCGUCCUCCUCCUCCCCCUCCACUUUUCCAUUAGUUUUCUUCUGGAAGCUCCAGCAAACACAAACCAGCACCAACGGUCUUUCUAAAGAGACUCAGAAAUUAACGACACGGUUACAUUUCUAUGUUCUUUGCUACAUGGGAAUUUUUUUAACCCGUUUUUGAAGAACGAUGCACUCUUCACUACAGGAUGUCUUCGCUUUCCUGCCCACAUGCCACUUCAAAGAAGUGUUCAAGUCCCACCCCCAUCCUGAUUCCCCUCAAUCUUCCUGCCAGUUACAAGACGGUUAUGUUUGAACACUCUGGAGACCACUGGAUCUUCUUGCCUCCAGGAACAGGGUUUCUGUUGAUUAGACUCACCAUGUUUCUCAUUCAGGAUAGUAGCAACGUUGCCAGUGUUGUGAAUACACAGGAUUUGGUGACUGCCUCUCUAAGGUUAGUGUCAAUGUGUCGGGGGGGCCGGGACUGAUCAGGUAGAACAUGCUCAUUUGUGACUACUCCUUUAGAGCGAACGUUUGCAGAUACACUGCUUGGGGUCCAUCCCCAGCCCUGACAAAACUCGUCUAGUGCUUAGUAAUUAUUGUUGGAAUGAGCCAAUCUGUGAACUAGUCAGGUGGACAGUAAGAAAGAUAUAAUGUUUUUGGUGUUUAAAAGGUUUCUCUUUGCUUUUUAAUUUGUCUUUUAUGCAUGUAAGUAAUCAACCCAGUUGACCGUACUGAUAAUAGGAGUAGAGAGGGGGCUUGAGUAGCAAGCAGAAGGAAUAAAAAUGCUCCUUGGAUAGAAAGAUAUGGAGGGGCUGCUGGUUCAAUGUGGGAGGAGGGAGAAGGUCCUUGUUCCUGGUACCUGCAGCUUCCCACCUGCUGGAGCUGCCUGCGUUGUUCCUGGGCGCAUGGGAAGCUCCUAGAAGUCACUGGAUGAGGAUGGAGACUUUGGUAUCGACUGUUUUUAAGGUAGUUCCUCCAUGGUGGUGGGAAAGGGGUUUUCCUGGCCCUAUUUCUGGGCACAGAAGCAGCUGGCUGGGAGAGGGGGGGGGGGGGGGGGGGGGGGAAUGGGGAAUGCCCAUAUAGGAGACCUGGUGGUACGAAUGAGCAGGUAUCUUUGACGAUUAAUAUCAAGGAAAAGAAGAUCUGUAAAUGUUCCAUAAAUUAAUACGUGGUUAAUGUAACUUGUGAAGAAUAAACUAUUUGGACACUCUUUGCUA